CAAAACGAUUUUGGGCGGGUCAGCAAGUGCGUUAGUUGCGUUUUCGCUGGUCUGAACGAGUUUUCUUUAAAGCAAAUUAUACAAAUUAAAAUUAUUAUCAUUAUUUUUAUUAUUUUGUGUUUACUUUUUACCUGUCGUUAUCGGCGGGACGCUGAAACAGUGACUAUUCGUCGAUAGGCAUUUUUCUUUAAACGAGUCUCUUCAUUAGGCUUUUUUUGGUAUUUUGGUAUGCUCAUCGAGGAUACGAAAAUGAACUACGGCAGCAAAACAACGUUCAUCGGCUUUGACACGGACAAACGCAAAUUGCCACUGUCCAAGAGGUUUGUGUUGUAUGCCUACGACAAAGAUACUGGAGAAAUAUUUGGUCGCACACCGUCCAGUUGGGCCAAAAUUGGAUUAUAUUAUACAGCAUUUUAUUUAUCACUUGUUGCUAUGUUUGGAGUAGUUUUGUGGUUUUUCUUCCAAACUCUUGAUCCACGUACUCCGACAAGACAACUUGAACAUUCACUAAUUGGAACAAAUCCAGGUUUGGGAUUUAGACCUAUGUCUAACGAAACUCAUAGCACUUUAAUUCAUAUAAAUAGUAAAUCUGUUCAAGAUUAUUCGAUAUGGACCGAAAGACUCGUUAAAUUUUUAGAUGUGUACAAGAAACCAGGUUUGACACCAGGAAGAGGUCAAAAUAUUGCAACUUGUGACUACGAUAAACCACCUGGUAAAGGAAAGGUCUGUGAUAUUGAUGUGAAAGCAUUCAAUUCUUGUACAGAAGAAAAUCGAUUCAAUUUUCAUCGUCAAGGACCUUGUAUUUUUCUUAAGCUAAAUAAAAUUUAUGGUUGGAAUCCUAUAUUCUAUGAUGAUCCAAAUGACUUACCCCACGAUAUGCCGAAAAGUUUAAAAGAUCAUAUUAAAGAAAUAACAAAUCCAGAAAAGUUAAGAACUGUAUGGGUAUCAUGUGAGGGAGAAACUGUGUCUGACAAAGAACUCAUUGGGCCGAUGGCAUAUUGGCCAAUUCCUGGAUUUCCUGGUUACUUCUUCCCAUUUGAAAAUUCUGAAGGAUACCUAAGCCCUUUGGUUGCAAUUCAUUUCAAAAGUCCAGCAAAAAGCAUUGUAAUCAAUAUUUUGUGCAAAGCAUGGGCAAAAAAUAUUGUACAUAAAAAAAACGGUGUCAACAGAGGAUCUGUGCACUUUGAAUUGAUGAUGGAUUAACAUAGCUUCUACAUUUUAUCAGUUUUACGUAUGAAAUUUGUUUUACACAAUGUUAUGUAAUUUGUUUACUUUAAUUGUAAAUUAGACAUAUUGAUUAUUCUUACAAACAAUGGUGUAACAAAAAAUAUUUUUGGAUAACAAUCAUAAAAUGAUAACUUUAGUUACUUCAUAUUGCAUCAAUAAAGUAGUAUGAAUUAUUUGUAUUUUACAUUUUUAGUUUACAUGUUAAACUUUGCACAUAUCAAUAAU